CCAACGCUCUCUGGAUUUCAUUCGAUUUGAUUCGAAAGAAGGGACAGAUGUUGCUUCUCGCGGCGGGGCAGCCCAAAAACAUGGCCGAGAGCCAGCGUUUAUUUAUGGCCCAAAGAGGAGAAAUCACAUUAGAUGCAAACUGCCUGUCGAAAUGAAUGAAGCAUUGAACACCAAAAAUAAAUAUUAAAUAAAAACAAUUUAUGAACCACUCGACAUAAAAUUGCCCAUAAAACAAAAGGGAGAAUCCGAAACAAACCGUCCGCAAAUAUCGCAAAAAAUAAAUAAAGAAUAAAGCGAAACAAAAAGUGAACGAGAGCGAAAACUAUUAUUUGACACACUGUCAGUCGGCGUGGAGCUCUGUCGAAGGUGAAAUUUGUGAACGUUUGCGAUAUUCUCGAGUGAAAUCUCCGCUCUGCUCGGCUGUGCUGUUUAUGCCCGUUGCGUAUACGCCGCGUUGCGUGUUCCGCAGUUUCAGCAGUAUACAGCAGUCCGCAACUCGCAGGCGGUGGUGUUAAAUGCUUUCACAUAUCUGUGGUGCGGCUCGGGCCGCCUUCUGCCCUCCAUCAUUGCUGGCAACAACCACAUCCGCCAUCAUCCGCCAGUGAAAGUGCCGAGCUGUGCAUUAUUUCCGCGUAAGUGAACAUUUUUGGCCCGAGAGUAAGAGAGCUCGAGCUCCCCAUCCGAUCCGAGUGUGUUGACUCUGCCGCUGAACGGCAUGCGCCUGUGGAGGAAUCGAAGUCGCAGCAAAAUGCAUACCCUCGAAACGGGCCCCUGGUCCGUCCAUGGGCCACAGCUGACGCAGCUGCUCCUUGGCGGCAUUCUCUGCAUGACAAUUGCCUCGAACACACAGACGUCCGCAGAGGCCACAGGAGCGCAGGAGACAGGAGCAGCAUCAGCAGCUACCGCCAUCAGUUUCGAUGGAAGCAGCGACCCAUCAUCAGCAUCAGCCUCAUCCUCAUACUCGGCGACCGCAUUCUCCAGCCUUGCUCAAGUGUCCUCGCUGCUGCCGGAGGCUGCCGCCCUGUCGGCGACAGCCACGCUGGUGGAACCAUAUCUGGACGGCUAUGCCACCUCCAAUGUGACCACUCAGAUCGGUACACACGCGUAUCUCCCUUGUCGGGUCAAACAACUGGGCAACAAAUCUGUUUCCUGGAUUCGACUGCGCGAUGGACACAUCUUGACCGUUGACAGGGCGGUCUUUAUAGCCGAUCAGCGUUUUCUGGCCAUCAAACAGCCGGACAAGUACUGGACGCUGCAGAUAAAAUAUGUGCAGGCCCGUGAUGCAGGGUCCUACGAGUGCCAGGUCUCCACAGAGCCCAAAGUCAGUGCGCGUGUCCAGCUGCAAGUUGUAGUGCCACGCACGGAGAUAUUGGGCGAGCCAGAUCGCUAUGUGAAGGCUGGCAGCAACGUCGUCCUUCGCUGCAUUGUCCGUGGCGCCUUGGAGCCGCCCACCUUCAUCAUGUGGUACCAUGGGGCCGAGCAGCUGGCAGCGGACUCGCGUCGCCAUCGCACGCAAUUGGAUCCCAAUCUGCCGGAGGCCACAGGCGAGGGACAGAGCACGAUUGGCUCAUUAAUCAUCGAGUCGGCCAAGAAGCGCGACACUGGCAAUUACACAUGUAGCCCGUCGAAUAGCCCCAGUGCGACCGUAACGCUGAACAUAAUAAAUGGUGAAUCAUCUGCCUCGGCGGUCACCUCCUCGGCAGCCACCACACGGGCCUAUGCCCUGAGCAUUCUCGCCCUGCUGCUAAGUGUCAUCCUCAUCGGAGUGGGCCAUCGGACAUGACAUGUCACCGGCCAGAGGUCACCAAACUAAGGAGUGAAUCCAGAACUCUGCCAACGGAAAAACCAACCAACCCCAAUUUGAUAAGCAUUAAAAGCAGCAUGAAAUGAAAUAAAAUGAAAUCAGAUAAAUACACAUAAUAAUCGAGUGCAUGUUGUAAGCUAGUUGAUUUUAUCUGCUAACUAGUAACUCAAGAAACGUAACUAAAUGAAGGAUAAAUCCGUAAAUCCCUGAACAGAAACCGUUUCUCUCUGUCUUUCUGUCCCUCCCUAUCUAUCUCUCUACCAUCCCAGACAUUGCAGCUAAUUGUAAGUUCUACCAGCUCUAAGCGACAACUAGUACGUAAGCCCCUGCCCUUCAAUUCCCUUCCCUUUAUCGCCCACUAGUCUUAGGCCUGAUUUCUCUCAUGUAUGAUUUUAUUCCUCUUUUUUGGGGGGUUUUGUCGGUUUGGGUUUACUUUUGUUUGGUUUUUGCAUAUAUACAUAAAUGUAUAACCGUAAAUAUUUAUGCAUUUCGAUGUGCAAUUGCAUCGACAUCCUGAAUCCAUUCGGUGUGCAGGAAUUUCGGUCAUUAUUUUUGGGGCAAAAAUUCCAGCUCGAAUUGCAGUUUGCAGUUGCAAUGUGGCAACAUGCUGCACCUUUCAAUUAUCCAAAUUCACAUAGCCAUAGCCCGCUCCCAUACUGCUCUUUCUGUCUAGAUACUGAUAGUUUUUUUGGAAUAUUUAUUAUUUUCUAGCAAAUAUUUCUCCGACACUUGACCUCGUUUCAGGCAUCGAAUACAACAUCCUUUGCCAAUAAAUUCAUACAAAUUCUCAACUCGAUGUGUAGAUGGAAACUAAGCCCCUGAACAGGUCGCCCCGUCCCAGUGUUGAUCAAAUUUCAAUAUUCAUUUAAUUUGUAUACUUAAAAGAAGAUAGAAAAUAUUCCGUUUGAUAUUUUAGUGACAAAUGCAACAAUUUACAUGCCGAAAAUUUAUGAAGCUCUAUUUUAUGUGCUCUUAUCUCACGAACAUGCUCGAAACAUGCGCGAAAAAAAAACAAAACCAUUCAUAAAAUAUCAAAAUAAAUUGUAUAAGGACAGAAAACAGAAAACCAAACAAAAAACUAUUUACUCUUCGAGUACCGGGUAUAAUAAAAUUAUAGCAAAUACAUUCAUUGAUCGAACAGAACAGAAAGGAAAGAACAGCCAAAUCGACAUAAAGCGGAAUAAAACACACAAUUUAAUUGAUAGCGAAAUGAAAGUAAAUUUGUUGGAUUGAAGGGGAGACGGAGGAGAACGAACUGACUCGCUCACACUGUAUAUAACUCUAUUGCGAAAAUUGUUCGACAGAAAUGUAAAUUAAUUGAAUACACAAACCAAACCAGAGACGUAUUCCAAAUACUAAUGAAUUGCAUUUAAACGAUACAGAAAAACGAAAAAAAUUAAACCACAUACAUACAUAUAUCGUAUAUCGUACAUAUACUAUAUACAUAUAUACAUAUAAAUAUAAAGAUAAAUAAAUAAAAUGAGAAACAUGAAAGGCAAACACACGGUAGUCAAAGAAAUAAAUAAAAUAAAAUCAAACAAAUAAACGAACAAAAUGCAAACAUCGUGUGCCCGCAGGAAAAACUGUAGUAUGCCUCACUCGUGUUUAUUUAUCCACUUAACGUCCUUUUUAAUUACAUACAUACCUACACACACAAGAGGAGACACACACAGCACUAUCAACCAUGGCAGCAAAUCCUUUAAAAAUUCUCGGAAAUUAAAUAAUGUUGUCUUUGGGUGCUUUUAAUUGCAAUUAGUUGCUACUCACCCUCACACAAUGCAAUCAAUGUGAAAUUAAUUGUGGCUUCAAGGCUGUCACUGUCACCCCAUUCUGAUGAUGGCAGCUAGGAAAUCAAACCCCAAUCGAAGCCCAAUUGAAGCCCAAACCCCAAUUGAACCCGCAAUCCAAGCCGAACCGCAAGCAGCUGGUGCAGCAAGUGCGAACAAAAAAAUGCCCAUAUCGAAAUAAAUAUCUGCGGUCGCACUUAACGGGUGUCGAGACAAUUAACACGUUUCCCGUGUAUCCAUCAAAUACCGGCUGCGGUUCGACAGCCACACUGCGGUUAACCGCCCAACACUUAUCCCUCAGACUUUUAUUUCCACCCUUACCCUCCCCUGAACCGAACGAACAGCGAGCCCCAGCCCCACAGGAGUAAGGGCCAUGACAUUUUGCUAGCUGUAAGCCUAUAACCGUAUAGAGACCAUAGCGAGUACUUAAAAAACGAAAUCAAAAUACAUUUCUAAGCUCUCCAAGUGUUUUUCAUAAGCUCGAUUAACGUAUAAAUGGAAAAAGCAAAGCAUACAUACAUGUAAUUAUCAGCAGAUCCCCAAUCUAUUUGUAAAUAAAUUAAUGAAUACUCCUGCAUGUGCAUUUGGCAUUUGCACUCGACCUCCGAAAAAGGGGAAGAUUGUGGGCUGGUUAUACAUUUUAAAGACCGACUCAGACGCGGU